AUGGACCAGCAAAGAAGUGGAGACAAGCAAAGAGAAACUGCAGAUGAAGGAACCGUCCUCCCACCCUGUAACCCGGACUAUGUGAGAAUGGUGAAGCUCGCUGCUGCUGUCGCCAUCCUCAGAACCAAACCACCAGGCAUGACAGGCCAGCAGUACACACAGUACCUACAGCACAAGUACCAGGCUAACCAGGGGGACUGGAAGAAGCGAGCCAAGCUUCUACAGAGCCAUCUGCUGCAGACCAGGCAGGAACUGCUGCAGGCUAAACUGCUGCAGCAACAACCUCAGCCUGCAGAAGGAGAUGAAGACAAGCCUGAACAGGUGUUCCCAACUCCUCCUUCAUCUUCAGAGCAACCAUCAUCUCCUCAGGUGUCCAGGGAAGAUGUGGUGCAGAGACACUCAAGGUUUCUGUCCUGUGUGCUCAGGCUGCAGACUGUGAGAAACUCCUUGGCAGGGAGGGUAAAUCUGGAGGAGACGGUGAAGGACAGCAUCCUCGACUCCUUACACCUCCUCAAAGUGUCCGUCGAGGAGAAGGUUCCUGAUGUCUCCAUGGCAACCAAGAAGCAUGUCGUCAAGACAAUCGUGGAGGUGCUUGGACGUGAAGAGUUGAAGGAGUUUAGUGAGGAGAUUGUCCGGUCUGUGAUGGACUUGGUACAAACCAUCCUCACAGGGGUGCUCAGAUGUGAGGACCUCAACAGGCAUCAGCAUCAAGAAAACCAAUGCAGACUUAUUGUGGACCUGUCAGAAGCUGAAGCACUCCAAAAACUCAUCCUGGAGACACUACUUCAAAACAUCAAAGACUUUUCUGACACUCUAAGGACAGUGAAGACUUCAUCCCUAGAUCCUGUCCUCUAUGAGAAUGUGUACUACAUGUUUUGGACUUUCGAGCAGAUAUUAUACAACCUAAAUGAUUGUAGAAAACAAUCCAUUGACGAGACACUUGCAAAUGAGUUGAACAACACUUUGGAGAGUUCACUGCUCUUCAUAUCAGAGAAAUAUCCACUUUUUGCCCACUAUGUCUGGAAGUUGGGAGGUGUUUUAAACUCAAUUCAGACACUCAGGUGAUGAAAGCCACAGUUAGAAAGUGUGGACCGAGUUUAUUGUAAAUGUCACACAGUCGACAAAACAUCAGUGUAUGGAUAUAAUGGUAUCAAGUCCCUUCACUGGUACAAUUACACAACAUGUAACAAAGUCUUUUUAUAGUUUUGCUGAAUAUUUACACAAUUACGUUAAUGAUAAAUACAAUGUCUAUGGGGAUCAAUAGUACAUAGUAGGGGGUACAAACUCCAUUUUCAACAUGUGCUUCUACACAAAAUUUUCAUUCUGACGUCUUAUAAUACGAUACAAAUUAUACUCUUUUGAUAGUAAAUAUUUGCAUGUACAAUGUAUGUGGAUGCCAAUAUACAUAUAAGGCUGAGAAUACAGACCUGCAAAGCAUCUAAGAGUUCCGAUGGAUAAAACCUAACUUACUCAACUGCAAAAUCCUCAAAUUCAAACUUAUGCAAUCUGUAAUAUGUGGCUUACUUGGAUUGACAAAAUUCAUGAUAAAACUAAGAAAAAGAGUAACGUUACAUGUAAUUAUCUUUGGGGAUAAAAUAUACAGAUGUCAAAAUCCUGCUCUCUUGAAAUGCUUCUUAGUAAUGGCUUCUGUAAAUAUACAUACUAUGAUGCUAAAAUGAUUGUGGAAAUGCUGCUUUUCUGUAGCCUGAAUGUCAGCCUUUUUAGUUUCGUCCGCUCCCCACAAUCCGCUACCAGCCAAAAAGCAGAUUGUGGGGAUCGGA